UGCGAGAGUCACUUCCGGCGCGGAGCAGCGGGUUGGGCUGUGUAUGAGGCCGGGUUCGGGGACUGGACCAGUAGUGGCCAAACCUGGCCAAGACCGCGGCUGCCGGAACGCUCGCAGUCGGCGUCUCGGCCUCAGCGGAGGGUGCGGCCGCCGCAAUGCCGUUCCUGCACGGCUUCCGGAGGAUCAUCUUCGAGUACCAGCCGCUGGUGGACGCGAUUCUGGGCUCCUUGGGGAUCCAGGACCCUGAGCGGCAGGAACCCCUGGACGGACCCAGUUAUGUCGCGAGUGAGGAGAGCCGGAUCCUUGUUCUCACUGAGCUGCUGGAGAGAAAGGCCCACUCUCCCUUCUACCAGGAAGGCGUGAGCAACGCCCUGCUGAAGAUGGCCGAGCUGGGGCUGACCCGUGCCGCUGACGUUCUCCUGCGGAAUGGAGCCAACCUCAACUUUGAAGACCCGGUCACCUACUACACGGCUCUGCACAUCGCCGUCCUGCGAAACCAGCCUGACAUGGUGGAGCUGCUGGUGCGCCACGGGGCCGACAUUAACCGGAGGGACCGGGGAAGACGGCCCUGCUCCACGCUCUGGCCAGCAGCGACGGGGUGCAGAUCCACAACACCGAGAACAUCCGGCUCCUGCUGGAAGGAGGGGCCGACGUCAAGGCCACCACCAAAGACGGGGACACGGUGUUCACCUGCAUCAUCUUCCUGCUGGGGGAGACGGUGGGCGGGGACAAGGAGGAGGCCCAGCUCAUCAACCGCUUCUGCUUCCAAGUGACGCGGCUGCUGCUGGCUCACGGCGCCGACCCCAGCGAGUGCCCCGCGCACGAGUCCCUCACCCACAUCUGCCUCAAGAGCUUCAAACUGCACUUCCCUCUCCUGCGCUUCCUGCUGGAGUCCGGCGCCGCCUAUAACUGCUCCCUGCACGGCGCGUCCUGCUGGUCCGGCUUCCACAUCAUCUUCGAGCGGCUCUGCUCCCACCCAGGCUGCGCCGAGGACGAGAGCCACGUGGACCUGCUGCGCAAGGCGGAGACCGUCCUGGACCUCAUGGUGACCAACUCGCACAAACUCCAGCUGCCCGAAAACUUCGACAUCCACCCCGUGGGCAGCCUGGCAGGAAAGAUCCAGGCCCUUCACUUCUCCCUGAGGCAGCUGGAGAGCUACCCGCCGCCGCUCAAGCACCUGUGCCGCGUCUACAUCCGGCUCUACCUUCAGCCGUGGCCUGUGGACACCAAGGUCAAGGCGCUACCUCUGCCUGACAGGCUCAAGUGGUACCUCCUCAGCGAGCACAGCGGUGCCGUCGAAGAUGACAUCUGACGGCUCGGACCGCAGGGAACAGGCUCUGGGUGGCCCCGUCAGCCUGCUGUGGACUUACGUACCGUGGCGGUCGUGGGGGUGCACCUUCGGUCCUGUCAGGAGGUGCAGGUUGGAGGCGAGGCAUCGGCCCCCCUGGGCAGAGGAGGCUGGGGGCCCCGUGGCCGCAGGCGCUCCAGCAGGAGAGGCUUCCAUCUUCCAGGGAGACUGCCCCCACCUCCCCCUGGUGGCGCCCCACGUCUCAACCCAUGGAACCAGGGGCAGGGUUUGGACUUGGGACAAGUUUAUAAUCUUUGAUUUGAGGGGAGCGCCGGGCAUUUGCAGAAGCAGGGUUGCUCUAAGACCAGGCCACCUGAGAGCUGCAGGAAGCAGGCCUGGGGUCGUAGCUAAAGCCCAGGGCAGGAGGGGCCUGGAGGGUGCGGCCCAGCCGAGGGCCUUUCCUCUGGCCCCUUGACUCUAGCAACUGUCAGAAAACAAAAAGUGCUCUUGUGGGCAGGGAGGAAGCUGAGCUGCCUCCUGCCGGCUUCUUUACAGCUCUGGGGCCAGGUCACCUACCGCCCUGCCCACCGCUCUAGUGGCAGCUCUUUGUGCCAAAUCUGGGGUUUCGGGGACCAUGUCUUCUGAAAAACAAUCAUGCAUGACCAGGGCCGUCCUCUCCAGAGGGUCCCAUUUUGUGAGGGGCUCAUCAGCUGGGCAACGCUACCCAGACUGGAAGCUGAACUCCGCGCUGGGCUGAGCCUUCACACAGCUAUUUGCCAGUCACACGAAGGUGGUCCUUGUAAAUCGUGUAAGCGCCUUGGAGAUUAGCUGAGGCAACUAACUAUAUUUAUGCUAUAAAAUUAAACUGAUUUCUCUCGGCCUUAAA